GCGUUUGCAUCCCCCGCUCGUUUCCCCCCUCUGCACAACGACUCUGCGAGGUAAGCGCGGCGGAGGGGACGCCACCGGCCCAAGAUCGCGCGCAACGAGGGCAGUUCUGAACCGGAGCUUGCCAGGUCCUUAAUCCGAGCAUAAAGCGCCUUCUCCGCGCGUGGCAAGGCUCAGCCAGGAAGAAUGGGGCGGGGGAGAGAAGAAUCUCUCGCCUUCUCCACGCCUCUGAAAGCCCUGGAGCUCCGCCCCGGCAGCCCCGACCGGAGGUGCUGCGAGAAGAAGCGCCCAGAGGCGGCGGAGAGGGGCGCCAUGCCUGCCCGGGAAGCAACAGGAUGCGCUUCGCAGGCAACAGUGAGGUUUGAGGACGUCAUUCUUUAUUUUUCCAAGAGUGAGUGGAAGUCCCUAGCCAAGUGGCAGAAGGAGCUGUACUGGGAAGUGUUGACAGACAACUAUGAAGCUUUGCUCGUUGCAGGGCAGCCGGUCACCAAAGCGGAAGUUGUGGCAUGGCUUGAGCAGUGUGAACGUCUGGACAUCGAAAGAACCCAGGAAUCUAGAGUCAGAGACCCUGCUGCAAAUGUUUCUGCAACAAACGAUGGGCCCUCGAAGGCAUGUUGUGAGGAACGCACAGGGCAGGCAGGAUCUCGCGAGACGCUACGCGACAAGUCUAAGGAGGUAGUGACCCAACGCAGUGAUAUAUGGGGCACCCCCAAGCAGACGUAUUUGUCAGCCGGACCACAAGGGAAGCCUGCAAAGGCUGAGCCUCUUUUGCACAUUGGACAUGGGCAAAGUCCUGCAAGCCCGGCCUGCUCCCAGAGGCCUGCCGCUCCACCAAAACAGUAUAAAUGCAGGGAGUGUGGCAAGAGGUUCCGGUUGGAAGGGCUGCUUCGAAUGCAUCAGGAGAUCGCCGCGAGGAAAAUGUCCGUUGCUUGCUCUGUCUGCGGGCUGUGCUUCACGAGCCCUUUGUCUCUGAAGAUGCACCAGAGAACGCACCUUCCUGCUGUGGCGGAUGGGGAGAAGGCCUCUCCCGGGAAGAACCGGCUGAGCGCGCAACAAGCGCCUGAGAACUUGCACCAGUGUGCAGACUGUGGGGACCGAUUCCGCGGCUUCCUCGACGUCCUCCGGCACCAGAAAAGCCACGAGGAGGCGAGGCCCCGGACGUGCGUCCAGUGCGAGGCCUCGUUCAUGCACCGGAUUGACCUCGCCACGCACGAGGAGGGCCACUUGGAGGAAGCGCUGAAGAGGCACGAUCGGCGCAGGCGGAAGUGUCUCUGCAAGCUCGCCUUCCGGCUGCACUUCGCGUCGCUGCUCGGACGUGGCGUGCGGGGCAACCAGGCUGCCUCGCAGGAGCAGGACCCCGAGCGACUGCACCAGGACGAAGAUGUCGGAGGCGAGACGCCGUAUCCCUGCACCAGAUGUGGGCUGCUAUUCAAGUGGGAAGAGAACCUCGAGGUACAUUACAAGUACUGCAGUGCGCAGUGGUUGCAGAAGCCUCCGUUAAAUGCCUCCUCCCCAGUUGCUCUGCCAGGGGAACACCAGGAAGCUAGCGACAAGCAUGGGGUCGGCCGGCCGGCUUCUGAGGGCAGCUGCGGCGACACGGGGCUCCCUCGCCCUCCCUCGCAAGCCUCCGCUCAGCACGCUUGCCCGGAGUGCGGCAAACACUUCGCCUCCAAGGGCAGCCUCUGCAGGCACAAAAUGAAGCACAAGGCUGCGUUGCAGCGCCACCAGAGUGUGGCCCACACGGACGGUGGCGGCAGCUCCGGCGGCCCCGCCACGGCUUGUGCGACCAAGAAGCUGUACAAAUGCCAGGAGUGCGGGAAGAAGCUGGUGUACAAGUGGCAGAUGACCGCUCACCAGCAAGGCCACACCGAAGGGAAGAGUUUUAUAUGCCACCGCUGCGGGGAAAGCUUCGGGUUCAAGAGCGGUUUGCAGGAACACCGGUGUGCAGCAGGAGGCGCCGUGCCAGGCGAGGCCAGGCUGCUUUGCUGGUGCGGGAAGAGCUUGUCAAAGCGUCACUUUUCCAAGCAUCAAGAGUUCCACGCGGGGCUGAGGUACAUGUGCCUCCUUUGUGGGAAGGUGUCGGGUUUCCAGAGUUCGGCCAUCGUGCAUCGCCACAGCCAUGUCAGAAGGGGCGAGCUGCUCGCAGCGGCGAGGGGCUCCGGUCUCCUUUCCCACACAAUAGAAAAGGUGUACAUUCCUCAGGGACCGCAGCUGCAGAAUCCAGAGGGGACGGGGCAGCCCAACGAUGGGUUUCCGACCGGCCAGGAGGCCCCGGCGGAGGGUGGGAAGAGCCCUCGGCAGAAAUGGAAGCUGAAAUCUCCCCGGAUCACCCUCCCGAAGCCCUUCAGGUGCAGGGACUGCGGGAAAGCCUUCGCCUACCUGGCUCGCCUGCUGUCGCACCGCAAGGAACACACGGGCAACUUCCCCUUCCAGUGUGCCGAAUGCGGGAAAGGCUUCAUCAGCAGAAAUUACCUCAGCCUGCACUGGAAAAUACACACCAAAGAGAGCGCGUGA